AUGCGUGCAACGCCGAGCCUUCGCCCGAGGUCCAGCGAGAAUCCCCUGGUGGAUCACGUGGUGAUCCGGCCCAACUUGUUGGUGGACAAGCCGGUGAGCGAGUAUCAGACCUUCGACGAGCUGCAGACCGGCGUCUUCUCGCCGCAGGACUGCUCCAGGGCCAACGUGGCCCAGUUCAUGUGCGAUCUCAUCUUGACACCUGGCGGAUCCCGCUGCGUAGUUCAGCUGCGAGCUGAGCAGAUGAGGAAGCCCGACCUGUGGGCGCAAUGGAAAGGGAAGAUGCCGGUGAUUAUCGACAAGGUGGCGGCCUAG